UCACAGGAGGAAGAUGGUGGGCUUGCUAUGGGACGGCUGGAGGCUGGCGAUGGCGAAUUGGUUGCGGAAGCCGGACUCAGAGAUGGGUCCGCAGCUUUACCAGAUGCACGCGGUGCAGCAGAAGAGAAUCAGCAAGUCCCCUCUGCUUUCUGCUGCCAAGGACAAUAAAGAGAAGGAUAUUUAUAAACUGGCUCAGUGUCCCUCCGUUGAUCUGUUUGAAACAGGUGCAAUGGGGGAGACAGCACUUCACGUGGCAGCCAUGCACGAUAGCAACAGGGCGGUGAUGGCGCUCCUUCAGGUGGCUCCUGAGCUCGUGAACAUUUCAGUCACGGGAAAGUUAUACAAAGGAGUAACAGCCCUUCAUAUCGCUGUGGCAAAUGAGAAUGUGAGUCUGGUGAAAGAACUGAUCAGGCGAGGAGCAGAUGUGGCCACAUCUCGGACAACUGGCACCUUCUUCAGCCGCAGCAGAGGAAGGGUCAUGUAUUAUGGGGAACAUGUGUUGUCCUUCGCUGCCUGUGUUGGGAAUGAAGAGCUAGUCCAAAUCCUGAUUGACAAUGGAGCAGAUAUUACAGCACAAGAUUCCUUGGGUAACACUGUUCUACACAAUCUGGUGCUGCAGCCAAGGAGCACCUUUGUCCCACAGAUGUAUGAUUUAAUUCUAUCCUAUGAUGAGCCAGAGAGCGAGACUGCAGUUGAUACCAUUGUCAACAAAGAUGGUCUCUCUCCCUUCAAACUCACUGCGGUUGAAGGAAAUAUUCAGAUGUUCCAGCAUCUAUUGAAGAGGAAGGAGAAAGAUGCCCCAAUGACCUAUAGUCCCAUAUGCAGCACGUACUAUAACCUCUCCGAGAUCGACUCCUGGGGCGAUGACUACUCAGUGCUGCAGCUGGUGAUCUCCAGUGAAAACAAGGAGGCACUGAAAAUUUUACGCCUUUCCCCAAUGAAAGAACUCAUCCACCUGAAGUGGAAUGACUAUGCAAUAUAUUAUAUACGAAUCCUGGCUUUCCUCUAUCUUAUUUACAUCACCAUCUUCACAUUCUGCUGUGCUUAUCGGCCACUGAAACCCAGGCCCAGCAAUACAACUAGUGAGAAGGACUCUGCAUUAUAUGUCGAGAGAACCCUACAGGAAAGUUACCAGACUAAUGAGGACUACUUGCGACUGCUGGGCGAGAUUAUCAGUGUGUUUGGAGCAAUUGUCAUCCUGCUGCUAGAAGUUCAUGAUGUAUUGAGAUACGGACCAAAGAAAUACUUUGGUAGAACUGCGCUGGGUGGGCCAUUUCAUGUCAUCAAUAUCUGCUAUGGUGUCAUGGUCCUGGCUGUGCUAGUGCUGCGGCUGACAUCAAUGCCUGGUGAGUCUGUUCCUAUGUCCUUCGCCCUCAUCCUUGCCUGGUGUAACAUGAUGUACUUUGCUCGAGGCUUCCGUUUGAUGGGACAUUUCACCAUUAUGAUCCAGAAGAUAAUAUUUGAGAUUAUACUGCCAUUCCUUGUAUUGAUGCUCAUUGUGCUCCUGGCUUUCACAUUCAGUACCCAUCUGUCAUUCCAAGUCUUGGAUCCUGCAAAGUGGGAAUAUUAUGUGGAUUUUAGCACUGUUCUUUUCACCAUGUACCUCCUCUUUUUUGGGCUUGUCAACAUGCCACUCAACUGGGAAGUGAUUUUGCCUGACAUGGCAAUGUUCCAAUAUGCAAUGUACACCCUCCUUGCUUUUGCCAUCAUGGUCUUCCUUGUUAGCCACAUGAUGAAUGAUCUGAUUCGACAGAUUGCAAGGGAACGUGAAGACAUUUGGAGAGCACAGGUUGUUGCCACAGUUCUCCUCCUUGAGCGGCGACUCCCAACCUGGUUGUUUCCUCGCCUGGGAAUUUGUGGAAAACAGUAUGGACUUGGAGAUAGCUGGUAUAUGCGGGUAACCAAAACCGUACACAGUACUCCAAAUGCAGCCUCACCAAUGACUUAUAUAAAUGCAACAUCAUGUCCCAGCUCCUACACUCAGUGCCUGAUGGAUGAAUGCCAAUGUAGGUGGAUAGCAGGAAUGACAAUGCUGUCUUGGAGAUCCCAUCUAACAGCAAGGCUGCGGAAACAAAGAGGCAGGAUGAAAGGACAGAGAAAGAAGAAGCAUUAGUCAAAAACAAAAACAAACAGAAGACUCGCCAGGGGUGGCACAUGGUGAGGCAGAGAAGGAUGGGCCAGAACACCAGCGAUCUGUACAACGAGAGCUACAAUGAGGCCGAUCACAUUUAACAUUACUGGGAUGUUUCAUUUGCUUUUCUUUUAGUUGGUGGAUUCAUUGACAACUAAACUUUGGUGGUUGUGUGUCUGCAGAAUAUUUGGGUCAAUCUUACCUCACUGGCUGAAGAUAAUUCUCAUUUGGUUUAAUUGUAAGUUUCUCAACAAUUAUGCUGUGGCUAUGAAUAUCCCAACACUACCCACACAGUAUCAUUCAUUAAGAGCGUCUGUCUCAAUUGUAUUAUAUAUCCACCUAUAUGUUGUCCAAUAUGAUCCUAUGAUUCUCAUGUCCACAACAGUGCACAGGAACAUUACUUCAUUAUGUCUGUUGACUGAAAAGGCUGGCAGCAUUUUAGAAGUGCAAGCAACAAAUGUAGAUUUCUCUUCCAUCUUCCUGUUAAUAAAACUCUAACAAUGGAAAAGAUUUCUGUGUCCUAAGGUUGUGUUUUUGGAGGGCUGAGCAGGCAGCACAUCCUGUCCAAAUGUCAAACUGGAGGGACGAGGGAAAAAUUGUGUAAUUGGCGCUUCAGAGGACUCAGGCCUAGGGAUCAGAGACGUUGUGCUCUACUGGGUGUGGCAUAGCACAGUUGUAAUGACUGAAGAUUUAAAAUGGGCUGAGGGGUUUGGACGAUAUACACAUAUAUUGAUCUGGUUGUGUUUUCACUAAUCUAGAUGUGCUUGUAUAUGUGAGGACUGGGCCUCAAAGCUAGAAUAUGCAUAGUUUGCAUCGUUGUAUUUUUACUGAUAUUCUAUAUGGGUUUGUCAACAUGUAUAUGCAAGGACUAGGCAUCAAGCCAAGGUGUCGCAGGGAAGGUGGGUGUUGGGAUUCCUGUUAUUUGAUUCUGGUCUUGUCUGUGCUUACUGUGUGACUGUUGGUAAUGUGUCUUUGCACCUUGGCCCAU